AGGAAAAUGAAAAAGAAGAAGAAGAAGAAAAAGAAGGAUUCUAGUUCUUCAUCCUCUGAUAGCUCCUCAUCCUCUGACAGCGAUGAUGACAAAAGAAGAAGAAGAAGAAGAAGAAGAAGAAGAAGAAGAAGAAAAAGGAUUCCAGCUCCGAUGAUUCAGAUAGCGAGAAAGACAAGAAGAAGAAGAAGAAGAAGAAGAAGAAAACGGAUUCCUGCUCAUCAGACAGCGAAGACGAUAAUAAGAAGAAGAAGAAGAAGGAUAAGAAGAAGGGCGAUUCUGACAGCGAGGAAGACAAGAAAAAGAAGAAGAAGAAGGACAAGAAGAAGAAAAAAGAAGGAGGAGGAUAAGGACUCUGACAGUGAGGAAGACAAGAAAAAGAAGAAGAAGCACAAGAAGAAAAAGAUGAAGAAGGAUAAGAAGGAUGAUUCUGACAGCGAGGAAGACAAGAAAAAGAAGAAGAAGAAGGACAAGAAGAAAAAAAAGAAGAAGGAGGAUAAGGACUCUGACAGUGAGGAAGACAAGAAAAAGAAGAAGAAGCACAAGACGAAAAAGAAGAAGAAGGAUAAGAAGGACUCAUCGGACAGCGAGGAUGAUAAGAAAAAGAAGAAGAAGAAGAAGAAGAAGAAGAAGAAGAAGAAGGACUCUUGUUCUGACAGCGAAGAAGAUAAGAAAAAGAAGAAGGAUAAGAAGAAGAAAGACAAGAAGAAGAAAAAGGACGACUCCUCAUCUGGAAGUGAUGAUGAUAAGAAAAAGAAGAAGAAGAAAAAGAAGAAGGAGGAGAAGAAGAAGAAGAAGAAAGAAAAUGGCUCCUCUUCUGGAAGAGAUGAUGAUGAGGAGAAAAAGAAGAGAGACAAGAAGGUAAGGACCAAGAAGGACUCCUGUUCCGAUGUUGAGGGAGAAUCUAAGAAAAAACUGAAGAAAGAUGACAAGAUAGAGGAUGGACCUGAGAAUGAAAAGUGUGGAGAGCUGAAAAAGGAGGGGAAAUAUGCAGGUGGCUUGGUGAUGGGAGGAGGGUGCAUGGAUAGUAAACCAUCUGACGACGGAUCAGCUAUUUGCCCAAAACCCACCCUGAAGUUGGAGUCCUGGGGGCCGUCGGCGGACGCCAGACCCAACACUCGUUAUGAGUCCCUUUAUAGCUCCUCGUACUCAUUCAGUCCAAGGGAGAGCAGCCCCUCCCGCCUGCCACUCAGCCCCAGGGAGAACAGCCCCUCCCACCUGCCACUCAGUCCCAUGGAGGCCCUGAUGGGGAACCCAGGCAGGACCAGUGACCGUGACCCAGUGACCGGGAGAGGACCAGCCAGCAGCAGAAGCACACUGCUCAAAUCCAGUGAUCUGCUCAGGGGUCCUAAGCCUUAUCAUCCGUAAUUAACAUGGAGAUUGGAAAAAAAAGGCCAAGAUAAUUCAUGCUCAUUACAAUCAGGUGUAUAGGCUGAAAAAUUAUCAAAAGUAUAGCAUUCUGUCAGAAAUAAAAGAUAAUUCAUGCUCAUUACAAUCAGGUGUAUAGGCUGAAAAAUUAUCAAAUGUAUAGCAUUCUGUCAGAAAUAAUUUCAAUUGGUCAAUUUGUCAUCUAUUUUCCUACUGGCCCUCAUACCUGUAAUAUUCGGUCCAAAAUAAAGAAGCUGGUCAACUUUU